AUGGCGAGCCUCGCUGCGCUCGCCCUCAGCCUGCUCCUCCGGCUGCAGCUGCCGCCGCUGCCCGGCGCCCGGGCACAGAGCGCCGCAGGCGGCUGUUCCUUUGAUGAGCACUACAGCAACUGUGGUUAUAGCGUGGCCCUGGGGACCAAUGGGUUUACCUGGGAGCAGAUUAACACGUGGGAGAAACCAAUGCUGGACCCAGCGGUGCCUACAGGAUCCUUCAUGAUGGUGAACAGCUCAGGGAGGGCCUCUGGCCAGAAGGCCCACCUUCUCCUGCCGACCCUGAAGGAGAAUGACACCCACUGCAUCGACUUCCAUUACUACUUCUCCAGCCGUGACAGGUCCAGCCCAGGGGCCUUGAAUGUCUAUGUGAAGGUGAACGGCGGGCCCCAGGGGAACCCUGUCUGGAACGUGUCCGGGGUCGUCACCGAGGGCUGGGUGAAGGCAGAGCUUGCCAUCAGCACCUUCUGGCCACAUUUCUACCAGGUGAUAUUUGAAUCCGUCUCUUUGAAGGGUCAUCCUGGCUACAUCGCUGUGGACGAGGUCCGGGUCCUCGCUCAUCCGUGCAGAAAAGCACCUCACUUUCUGCGGCUCCAAAAUGUCGAGGUGAACGUGGGGCAGAAUGCCACGUUUCAGUGCAUUGCUGGUGGGAAGUGGUCUCAGCAUGACAAACUUUGGCUCCAGCAAUGGAACGGAAGGGACACAGCCCUCAUGGUCACCCGCGUGGUCAACCACAGGCGCUUCUCGGCCACGGUCAGCGUAGCAGACACUGCCCAGAGGAGUGUGAGCAAGUACCGCUGCGUGAUCCGCUCUGAUGGUGGCUCUGGCGUGUCCAACUACGCUGAGCUGAUCGUGAAAGAGCCUCCCACGCCCAUCGCCCCCCCAGAGCUGCUGGCUGUGGGGGCCACAUACUUGUGGAUCAAGCCAAAUGCCAACUCCAUCAUUGGGGAUGGCCCCAUCAUCCUGAAGGAGGUGGAAUAUCGCACCACGACAGGCACCUGGGCCGAGACCCACAUAGUCGACUCUCCCAACUAUAAGCUGUGGCAUCUGGACCCUGAUGUGGAGUAUGAGAUCCGGGUGCUACUCACACGACCAGGGGAGGGGGGCACAGGACCGCCAGGGCCUCCGCUCACCACCAGGACCAAGUGUGCAGACCCGGUGCACGGCCCGCAGAAUGUGGAGAUCGUGGACAUCCGAGCCCGGCAGCUGACCCUGCAGUGGGAACCCUUCGGCUACGCGGUGACCCGCUGCCACAGCUACAACCUCACAGUACAGUACCAGUACGUGUUCAACCAGCAGCAGUACGAGGCCGAGGAGGUCAUCCAGACCUCCUCCCACUACACCCUGCGUGGCCUGCGCCCCUUCAUGACCAUCCGGCUGAGGCUCCUGCUGUCCAACCCCGAGGGCCGGAUGGAGAGCGAGGAGCUAGUGGUGCAGACGGAGGAGGAUGUUCCAGGAGCUGUUCCUCUAGAAUCCAUCCAAGGGGGGCCCUUUGAGGAGAAGAUCUACAUCCAGUGGAAACCUCCCAAUGAGACCAAUGGGGUCAUCACACUCUAUGAGAUCAACUACAAGGCUGUUGGCUCACUGGACCCGAGUGCUGACCUCUCCAGCCAGAGGGGGAAGGUGUUCAAACUCCGGAAUGAAACACACCACCUCUUUGUGGGUCUGUACCCAGGGACCACCUACUCCUUCACCAUCAAGGCCAGCACAGCAAAGGGCUUUGGACCCCCCGUCACCACGAGGAUCGCCACCAAAAUUUCAGCUCCAUCGAUGCCUGAAUAUGACACUGACACCCCGCUGAAUGAAACAGACACGACCAUCACAGUGAUGCUGAAGCCCGCUCAGUCACGGGGAGCGCCUGUCAGUGUUUAUCAGCUGGUUGUCAAGGAGGAGAGACUUCAGAAGUCACGGAGGGCAGCUGACAUCAUUGAGUGCUUUUCGGUGCCUGUGAGCUAUAGGAACGCCUCCAGCCUUGAUUCUCUACACUACUUUGCUGCUGAACUGAAGCCCGCCAACCUGCCUGUCACCCAGCCAUUUACAGUGGGUGACAACAAGACAUAUAAUGGCUACUGGAACCCUCCUCUUUCCCCUCUGAAAAGCUACAGCAUCUACUUCCAGGCCCUCAGCAAAGCAAAUGGAGAGACCAAAAUCAACUGUGUUCGACUGGCUACGAAAGCACCAAUGGGCAGCGCCCAGGUGACCCCGGGGACUCCACUCUGCCUCCUCACCACAGGUGCCUCCACCCAGAAUUCGAACACCGUGGAGCCAGAGAAGCAGGUGGACAGCACCGUGAAGAUGGCCGGCGUGAUCGCUGGUCUCCUCAUGUUCAUCAUCAUCCUCCUGGGCGUGAUGCUCACCAUCAAAAGGAGAAGAAAUGCUUAUUCCUACUCCUAUUACUUGAAGCUGGCCAAGAAGCAGAAGGAGACACAGAGUGGAGCCCAGAGGGAGAUGGGUCCUGUUGCCUCCGCCGACAAACCUACCACCAAGCUCAGCACCAGCCGCAACGAUGAAGGCUUCUCUAGCUCUCAGGACAUUAAUGGAUUCACAGAUGGCAGCCGCGGGGAGCUGUCCCAGCCCACCCUCACCAUCCAGACUCACCCCUACCGGGCCUGUGACCCUGUGGAGAUGAGCUAUCCUCGGGACCAGUUCCAGCCCGCCAUCCGGGUGGCUGACCUGCUGCAGCACAUCACCCAGAUGAAGAGAGGCCAGGGCUACGGGUUCAAGGAGGAAUAUGAGGCCUUACCGGAGGGGCAGACAGCUUCGUGGGACACAGCCAAAGAGGAUGAAAACCGCAAUAAGAAUCGAUACGGGAACAUCAUAUCCUAUGACCAUUCCCGAGUGAGGCUGCUGGUGCUGGAUGGAGACCCACACUCUGACUACAUCAACGCCAACUAUAUUGAUGGGUACCAUCGACCUCGGCACUACAUUGCAACUCAAGGUCCAAUGCAGGAGACUGUAAAGGACUUUUGGAGAAUGAUCUGGCAGGAGAACUCGGCCAGCAUCGUCAUGGUCACAAACCUCGUGGAAGUGGGCAGGGUGAAGUGUGUGCGAUACUGGCCGGAUGACACAGAGGUCUACGGAGACAUUAAAGUCACCCUGAUUGAAACAGAGCCCCUGGCAGAGUACGUCAUCCGCACCUUCACAGUCCAGAAGAAAGGCUACCAUGAGAUCCGUGAGCUCCGCCUCUUCCACUUCACCAGCUGGCCCGACCACGGCGUCCCCUGCUAUGCCACCGGCCUCCUGGGUUUCGUCCGCCAGGUCAAGUUCCUCAACCCUCCCGAAGCCGGGCCCAUAGUGGUCCACUGCAGUGCUGGAGCUGGGAGGACUGGCUGCUUCAUCGCCAUCGACACCAUGCUUGACAUGGCCGAGAAUGAAGGGGUGGUGGACAUCUUCAACUGCGUGCGUGAGCUCCGUGCCCAGAGGGUCAACCUGGUGCAGACGGAGGAACAGUACGUGUUUGUGCAUGACGCCAUCCUGGAAGCGUGCCUCUGCGGCAACACCGCCAUCCCCGUGUGCGAGUUCCGCUCUCUCUACUACAACAUCAGCAGGCUGGACCCCCAGACCAACUCCAGCCAAAUCAAAGAUGAAUUUCAGACCCUCAACAUCGUGACUCCCCGUGUCCGGCCUGAGGACUGCAGCAUCGGGCUCCUGCCCCGGAACCAUGAUAAGAAUAGGAGCAUGGAUGUCCUGCCUCUGGACCGCUGCCUGCCUUUCCUCAUCUCCGUGGAUGGAGAAUCCAGCAACUACAUCAAUGCAGCGCUGAUGGACAGCCACAAGCAGCCUGCCGCCUUCGUGGUCACCCAACACCCUCUACCCAACACCGUGGCAGACUUCUGGAGGCUGGUGUUCGAUUAUAACUGCUCCUCCGUGGUGAUGCUGAAUGAGAUGGACACUGCCCAGCUUUGUAUGCAGUACUGGCCUGAGAAGACCUCUGGGUGCUACGGGCCCAUCCAGGUGGAGUUCGUCUCCGCGGACAUCGACGAGGACAUCAUCCACAGAAUAUUCCGCAUCUGUAACAUGGCUCGGCCACAGGAUGGGUAUCGUAUAGUCCAGCACCUCCAGUACAUUGGCUGGCCCGCCUACCGGGACACGCCCCCCUCCAAGCGCUCUCUGCUCAAGGUUGUCCGACGGCUGGAGAAGUGGCAGGAGCAGUACGAUGGGAGGGAGGGACGCACUGUGGUCCACUGCCUAAAUGGGGGAGGCCGCAGUGGAACCUUCUGUGCCAUCUGCAGCGUGUGUGAGAUGAUCCAGCAGCAAAACAUCAUUGACGUGUUCCACAUCGUGAAAACAUUGCGCAACAACAAGUCCAACAUGGUGGAGACCCUGGAACAGUAUAAAUUUGUAUACGAGGUGGCACUGGAAUAUUUAAGCUCCUUUUAG